AUGCCGAAAGCUGGUAAGAAACAGUUUGCAAACAAGCCUGCGCCAACCGGCGACCAGAUGAACAAGGUGUUCAAGUUCAACACCGAUCUAGGACAGCAUAUUUUGAAAAAUCCGCUUAUAGCGCAAGGGAUCGUCGACAAAGCAGAAAUCAGACCGUCUGAUGUGGUGCUGGAAAUCGGUCCUGGUACCGGUAACCUGACGAUGCGGAUUCUGGAAAAAGCACGCAAGGUCAUCGCGUCGGAGGUCGACCCGAAGAUGGCCGCCGAGCUGACAAAGAGAGUCCAUGGAACGCCUUACGAGAAGAAGUUGGAGAUCAUCAUGGGAGAUUUUAUGAAGCUGGACAACCUGCCGUACUUUGACGUCUGUGUUUCGAACACGCCGUACCAAAUUUCGUCUGGUAUUGUUUUCAAGCUUCUGAGCAUGCCUAGACCGCCAAGAAUCGCCGUUUUGAUGUUCCAACGAGAGUUCGCCAUGAACCUGACCGCCCGGCCUGGAGACUCUCUUUAUAAUAGACUGAGUGCCAACGCGCAGAUGUGGGCGAACGUGAAGCACGUGAUGAAGGUGGGUAAGAACAAUUUCCGUCCUCCGCCAAAGGUCGAGUCGUCGGUGGUUAAGGUGGAACCCAAGAACCCACGGCCUAACCUGGAUUAUAACGAAUGGGACGGGCUGCUACGAUUUUGCUUCAACAGAAAAAACAAGACUUUGAACGCUACAUUCAGGAAUAGCAAGAUCCUGGAAAUCCUCGAGACAAACUACAAAGCGUUCCUUGCGGUUCUGAGCGAGCAGAACGGCGAGAUGAUGGUGGAUGCCAAGGCCGACUUUGCUGCUCUCGUGAAAGAGAACGUCACCAAAGUGCUCAACGAAACCGGCUACGGCGAGCAGAGACCAGCCAAAAUGGACCAGACCGACUUCCUCAAACUCCUCUAUGCUUUCCACCAGGUUGGAAUCCAUUUUGCGUAA